AUUGUAGAUUAUAUAUUUAUAGUUUUUACCAUAGAGGCGUAGACCACAUUCUUCUGGAUAGCCAACAUUACAGAUCAAAUUAUGACGCUGUCAUUUGAAUUCAAUGUUAAAGUCGGCCAUUUUGCUAGUUUUUCGGCGACUGUAACACGUGUUCUGUUGCCAAAAUGGCAGUAACAAAACCCGCGCCUAAGAAAGGCCAGCUCCAUCAAAAGACUGGUAAAAAGGGUAUCAAAGGUGGUAAAAUCCGCGGCAAGGGCCUGAGAAGGAAAAUUAGCCUAAAGUUCGCGAUUGAUUGCACACAUCCCGCCGAAGACAGCAUUCUGGAUGUGGCCAAUUUUGAGAAAUAUUUAAAAGAACGUGUAAAAGUUGAGGGCAAAACAAAUAACCUAGGCAAUCACGUUGUCGUCGCAAGAGACAAGACGAAAAUCGUCAUCAAUGCAGACAUUGCAUUCUCCAAGAGGUAUCUGAAAUACUUGACAAAGCGUUACCUCAAGAAGAACAACCUGCGAGACUGGCUGCGAGUGGUCGCCUCAGCGCACGACUCCUACGAGCUGAGAUACUUCAACAUCAAUGCAGACAGCGACAAUGAGGACAAUGAAGAUUAACCUGUUGCUAAAUAAAUAGUUUUACACUA